AUGUCAUCCUUAUUCGUGGCUUUUUGUCUCGCUAAAAAUGUUACGAGAAAUGAUAAUUACAUCACUGGAACUGCAUUGUAUCGAAUAAACAGCAAUACUAAUCAAUUUAGAGAAAUUACUUUCAAAGGUUUCACCAGAAAUCCUGAAUCGUUAGUUACUCCGUUCGAAAAAAACUCUAUUCUCUUAAUGGUUGGCUAUUAUGUAUAUGAAGAAAACAUAGAAUAUGUCACUAUAAUUCAAUCUGUUCCUGUAUCUUAUUCUAAUGAUGAAUACACUCUUACCUCAGAAGACCUUCUGAAUUCAUCUCCUUUGUUACUUUACUCAGCUUCUGUGGUACUGAAUUCUUAUAUUCCUGACAAUAAUGGAGGUCGAGAAAGUUUUAUGUUAGCGAGACGUCUAUAUAAUGGAGUCACUAACAAUAAACAGAUCGAUUCUAAAGUUAUCGUGUCAUAUAUAAAUGAAAACAAUCGUUAUAAUGCAUUAAAAAAUAAUCUAAAAAAAACAGUCUUAUCUGUUGUAGGACGAUUAAAACUUGAAUCAAGAAGACUUCUGCAUGUUCUCGCUUCUGAUAUUGAAUGGACCUAUUUGACUAAUGACUCUCAAACUUCAGAUACUUCAUCUAGUGGAAAAGUAUCUUCACAAGGAGAACUUGACACACAACUUGAAAGCAUCGAAGAAAAAUAUGUUACGCUAACAUCACAAUUCCCUCAAAAGAAACAAAGAACUAAUUUACAAAAUUCUUUAUCUAAACUCUCGAAUAACAAAACUACAUCUCCGAAUUUUGUUGAAGUUGUCUCCCAAAUUCAAAAAGAAACUUCUUCUGCGGGACCUUCUCGUAUAGAAUCUACCUCACAAAUUAUUAAUAAUGAAUCUAACUCACAAGUCACAAAUGAAACUUUCGCUCCUACUACUUCUUGUGCAAAUAAAACAAAUGUUUCUGUUAAUGAUAAUCUGCUCACUGAAUCUACACACUCUGAUACUUCUAUUAUUCAAAGUGAAAAACCUAAAACUAAUAGAAAAUGUUUAAAAACACUUCUGCCUGCGAAAAAAUAA